UUCUGGAAUAUUUUCAAACAUAGUUAAAUAACUUAAGGAAGUAGGUAUCGAAUGAGCGAGUAUGCCGAAGGCGUCGCCCCGACCACGGGCCGCAGCCCCUGCCACGCGGCUGUCCAACUUCCAGUACUUUCUAAUACUUACAGUGAUCUCCGUCCUUAACGUCUGCUUUUUCCUGGGACUGGGUUUCUCGCCUUCGCAUGUUCGCUGCUCCACGGACCUCGUCGUUCAGUUCGUGAAUCUGUAUCUCGAGAAUAACGGUGCGACCGCCAUCGGGGACAUACUGCCGGAAACGUGCGCGAAACCCGCCCAGAAGUCAUCGGACGAAUUCGAAAGGUCGAUACGGGAGAUAGUCGCCCGUUGUCUUAAUAUCACGCAACGAAAAAUAAUGAAAAAAUUGAGGGAACGGCCUUUAUUGACGUUAUUUACGACGUUCGCGGAUCAUAUACAUACGAAUACUGAGAAGUUAUUCGUGCAUAAUAAUACAUUGAUGAACUGGGCUCGAUUCAAACCGCAUGCGAAUGUAAUACUCUUCACCAAUGACUCUGUCUGGGACGAUAUAGCCAAGCAGAAUGGCUGGGAAACGAUAUCGAUUUCGGAACAGGCCGAGCGACCGCCGGAACUCAGGGAAAUGUUUCGGCUCGCGUACGAGCGCUUCGAUACGCCCUGGUACGGGUAUGCGAACGCGGACAUACUGUUCACAAACCAACUCAUUGUAACCCUUGAGGAUCUCAGUGACAAAGGCAACUUCACCGAAAAAAGCGUCCUAUUAACUGGGCGCAGGACCAAUAUUGAGAAAAUAUCUCUUGUAAAUGCCCGUUCAGACGGAAAUCUUACUAAACACGCUAGAGAUUACGGAACCUUAUACCGCGAGGACGCGGAGGACUACUUUAUUGCAACGAAACCGUUUCCAUGGCAACGUAUACUCCCCGUGGUGGUCGGUCGCCCUGGUUACGAUAACUGGCUCGUGGCCGAGGCCCGGUGUAAACUACACACUGACGUCGUUGACGUCACAGAGACGAUAUUAGCGAUUCACCAAACCACAGAAAAGGGCGGCAAUAAUGAGGGACAUUACCACCCUCGCAGUACUCUCAAUUUUGACUUGUUCAAACAAAACAAGAUCAAGCCUAAUUACUUGGCGGGACUUACCAGUUGCAUUCCGUACUUUACUUAUACUGAUUUCUGUGACGUCGUUAGCGUUGAAGCUCGCAGUCGCGAUCACUUCGGACCUCGUUGUGGCUGUGGUGUCAGAUAAUAUUAGCUUUAGUUAGGGCAUUAAUAUAUUGUGUUCACAUUUGAUAUUUAUUUUACCAUCAACCAUAAUCUCUGAUUUAAACAUGACAUGCACGAAGUUUUGUUUGUUUAAUAUCUAUACAUUGACUGCAGUUCACUCUCUGUAAAAUAUUGUUCUGGUGUUAAAACAUAAUUCGUCAAUCGUGGUCAGGUCAUGUUAUGGUCCAAAUAUAACAUUUACACAUGAUUUUACAUGUAUUUUUAAAUUUUAAAAUUAGCAUACGUUUAAAUAAGCGAAUUGUAAACUACCAGUGUGUACGCAC